UAUAUGAGCUCGACAAAACUUGUGGCUUCCGAAGCCAACACAUCGCCACAAAGAAAAAUCGUGUGCUGAGGUAGCAAAGCUUGGCGUCAAAGAAGAGAGGCAAGCGCAUGGCCAUGGCGGUCAAGGACUCGAGGCAGCAGCAGAACGGUGGCGCCGGCGCCGGCGUGAAGGUGAAGUUCAUCGAGACCCAGUUCAUCAGCUCCGACGCCGCCAGCUUCAAGGCCGUCGUGCAGCGGCUCACCGGCAAGUCCCCAGAGGCGCAGCCGUCGCCCCCGGCGCCGCAAAGGCCGCGCCCGUGGCGACCGGCCUUCUCCAGCGGCGGUGUCGAGGGGCAGAACCAGGCCGGGUGGGCACAAGAACAAGCAGCGGGCUACCGGCUCAUGCCGGCGAAGCAAGAACCGCACGCCGCGCUCGCGGCGCCGCCUCGACUGGAGGAGCACCACGAGCUCUGCGACUUCGCUGACCUGCUCUACGCCACCGCGGGCACGCGGCGCGACGGUGGCAGCGGCUUCCCGUACUGAAAUGAAGUGUACCUUGGUUGUGUAUGGCGGCUUCCCGUAUGAUUGUGAUUGCACGGACUCCAGUGGAAGAUCAUUACCUCUUGUAAGCCACACACUGGCUGAGUUCAGCUAGCUUAGCCCACAAUAUACUUCCGUGACGCUAUAGCUCCUUUUUUCCCUGAAA